GAGAACAGGUCGCAACCAUCGGCCAUAUUUUCUGGCAUAUUCACGAACGAGGGGCACGGUAAAAUGUAUCUUGCGACGCAUUUUUAGCGAUAUUCCAUCUCUAGCUGAGGUUUUAACCAAGUGGCGUUACUAUGAUUGAUCUCGACACUCGAAUAUCUGCCCACUUUUGAGAGUUGCGCUAGUAGCAAACCAUUUUCAUCGAAGUUCACUCUGAAUAAAACCGCAUUCGCCUAACAAGUGUGCUGCGUUUUGUGAGUUUGAAAGUCUGAAAGUGCUUGUGCCAGUCGUUGCCUCGAGAAUCCUGUCAACGGACCAGCCCGACACAAACCACCAGCACCGCUAAUUAACGCUACAGGAGUCAAUCAUGGCGUGCGCCACAUUGAAGCGUUCGCUCGACUGGGAAAGCUUAAACCAACGCCCAACAAAGCGCCGGCGGUGCCAUCCGUUCGGUAGUCCCAGCCAAAGCCAGAGCCCGUCGGCGUCCUCAUCACCCUCAUCAUCGUCCGCAUCGGCUGUGGCAGCAGCGGCCUCCCGCCGCGCCAUGGAACCGAAACCAUCGCCCUUUGCCGAAGCCACCUGUUCAAAGUUGACUCCAGAAAAAAUGGCACAAAACAUUACUGAAGAAAUCAAAAGACUGCACCGCAGGAAGCAACUUAUUUUCAACAACCACAACGUCGAACGCAUGCAAGAUUCAGAAUCCAGUGGCUCAGAAAUGGGUCCUGAUAGUCCCCGCCGGCCCGACAGCCCACCGAGCAUGGUGAAAAACCCGGAGAAAGCCCUAUUCACAUUCAAGCAGGUACAAAUGAUAUGUGAGCGUAUGUUGAAAGAGCAAGAGGAUGCCUUGACGGAAAAAUACGAUACCGUGCUGACCACGAAACUAGCCGAACAAUAUGAUGCAUUUGUGAAAUUCACAUAUGACCAAAUACAGAGACGGUACGAAGCAGCGCCAAGUUACCUCUCCUAAUCAGGGAAUCUUACGCCAGCAUGAAGAAAACAGGUGUGAAGCGUUCGAAGGAAACGAGAGCAAGCAAAUUGGGAUGAAAUAAUAAUUUAAAAGGUUUAAAAAAAUGAUAAAAGAAAACCAGAGAGAUGCAGACAGGAAUACAUACUACAAGAAGCUAAUUUAAGAAGCAAACACCAGCGGCAGAAAUAGCAAACCGUAAAAGCAGCAACUCACAGCCAAAAAGCCACGAAUCAAUCAAUCGAUAGAAAAAAUCGGACAUCUUGUUUCCACUGAAACCCUGCUACAGCAGCCGCACACAGCAACAUGGGGCUGCCUCCCGUUUGUGGAUUGGCCGAAAACAUUAAUUAUAAGCGUUUUCCUUGUUCUUCUUUCUCCACUUCGAAACACGAGUACACUACCGCAGCUGCACCGACGUCUCCGAAAAUUUUCGUUAGCAUUACGUUCACUUCUAUUUCCUUUAAAUUUACUGUUAUAGAAAAAACAUCAAACAUAAGGGGCAAUCUAAACACCCAACAGUUCGCGCGAAUGAUCUUCGUGUUCUAAAUUUAAUUAAUGCAUUCGAAAGAGAUACGCUUUGUUUUGGCAAAGGAUUUGAAUUUUUGUCAUUGAUUUGCGAAAGAGCGUAGUGUUUUGUUCGGUUGCAGAUUUCGUAACUUCGGUACACAAACAUACCUUUCCAAAUUGAUUUGGCAUUGGUUGAUUGGUUGAUCUUUCUUGGAAUGAGAUCACCCAACUCGAAAGUGUUCUUCUGUUGUUUCAUUGUUUUGCGGCAAUAAUAUUAGGAUUAGUUUGUUGUUUUUUUAAAUCAUCACAUGCAUAAUUUGUUUCUAUUUCGAUCCUUUGCUUUCCUAAUACAGAAGCGAACUCAAAUUCUGCUCUAGACAUUCGUUGCAACUUCGGAGAUGGCUUUUGGUAGAUUGAAUUUCAACGCAAGCACUUCUCACUUUUUGUUUGCUCGUGAGGGGCCUUUUUCAUGAUCGAUAUCGGUCAUUCUUUCACUUAAUUUCUCUACAACUUGUUUCGAGUUUUUUUUGUCACUUAUAGAUGUGAAAAAAUUGUAUCGAGUUGUCGGUAUGUCGCGUCAGGUGUGUAUACCUAUAAUUUACAAGCUCGUGUGGCAAAACUGUAAAAGUAUAAGAUAAUAAAUCGGUUUGUUCUUUUGUGCUGGAACAACACUAGAGGUGAGACGUAAUUAAAAAAUAAGUUACUUUGUAAACUUAGGGCAAUACAUACUGAUGAUAAGGAUCGUGUCUCGCGAGGAAUCGAUCAAGAGAGGACGAUUAUAAGGGAAUACAGUACCACAGGCAUUCUUGGCGAAGAAAUAAAUAUUCCCUUGCCUCGAACGGUGGAGAAGAUGUGUGUUCCUUUCGACGAACAAACCGUUCCCUCAAUGUUAUCGCCGAUUAUAUGUGCACAGUAGCAAAUGGGGUGUAAUAUUCGGUAUUUGCGAAAAUAAUGUGUUCAUCCAAGAGUAAGAUAUAGCAUUAUUGGAAACCGGUUGACCAAAAUGAAAUUGCUUUUGAACAUUAACCAACAGCAAACAUAAUUUCCAUGGCUUUUAUCCAGUUUUUUGGUAAUUACUGAACUAUGGGCUUUUCGAACAUAGACGUAAGGAAAAAUAAACUAUUUUGAAAAUCUCACUUCCAUUUAACAUGGAGGAAACGUUAUACAUUUUCAAAAGUGACCCUUUUGCUGUGCACAUAUAGUAUGCAUUACAGAAGAGUUCGAAAAGAUCCUACGGAGGGCGGACCUAUGGAGAGACAUUUACUGAAAACAAAUUGAACUAAAAAACCGAUAGCUAGUGAUCGCUGUUACCCGAUAUUCCGAGCAGUUUAGCAAACAAGAGAAUUACACACGCUUCAGUGUUUUGUGAAUAUUCAAUUUUCUGCAUUUCUGUUUCCUGCCCUCUGAUGCGCCGGGAAUUGCAGAACCAAAUUCGACACAAAAAGGCACACAAUCAUGAAUAAAUCAGACCGCAUGCACUGCUGGCACAUUGAUGCGGCAGCAUUGACCGGGAUAAUCGGUGUGUCGUUUAUAUACACAAAUAUAUAUGUUUUAUAUGAAAACGGUACGAAAACGCAGAAUAGUUGCUUCGUCGGGAAGCUAUCUGUCUGAAAAUUGAACUCAACAAGGCCUGAAGAAACGACGGACGUUCGGUAGCCGUGAGUGCCCCCAAGGAACUGCCUAAUGAUCGAUCCUUAGGCGCAAUAGGCAAGGGAAGAAGACAAUGACAGGAGCAAUGGAUGCAGAAUAGGGAAUUUGAAAUAUAAAAACGCAAAUAAUAGUAACAGUUACAAAUCUCUUCUAACAAACCAUAACAAAUAUACGGAAAACAGUCGAAACUAUAUGCUAUACUAUCUAAAUACUAUUACAGCAAACACCUACUACAGCCAGGGAUCACAUCCGCACGUGCAUUAUAAGUUUCUAGGAAAUGGAUCCUCGUGCUCCAUUGGCAAGCUAACGAUACGAUACUUUCAUUCCACACGUUCGUGUUAGCUGAAUCUCUUGAACUCAUUUUCAUAAUUGCAAAAACAAAUAAUUCGUUGAAAUAGGAGUAUCCUUUUCUACUUGAAACUUUUCGGUUUUGGAAUCAAAGGAAUGCUUGUUUCUUACAUGUUAUUAUACGAAUGGUUUGCGAUGCGAAAGUUGGAAGAGAAUCGUGAAAAACACCACUAAACAAACAAUAGAGAAGUAGUAGGAAUGGAUCAGCAUUGGGACUGAGAAGAGAUGGUAUAAAAGUAAAAUGAUGUACAUUUGAGAAGAAGCGCCGCAAGCCUGGUAAAAGAUAUAUCAAAGAUGUAGCAUAACAAAGACGUAAUAAGCUCUUAGUGUUGCUCUAGCGUUGCCAUAAUUAGUAGUAUACUACAACCCGUACAACCGACGCCCCCCAGAGCGUAUGCUUUCCUGUUUGCACUUUUCCUAAUUGGUGGUGGGUUUUUUGAUCCUUUUUUUAUAUUUCCACUAAAGCUUAUCCGGUGCAUUAAUUAAUUGAAACGUUUUCCAAGCCUUCUAAAAUGACAAGAAAUCACGAAGCGCAAAUGCAACAAACAGAAAUGCAAUCAUGCCGCAAACUGGGCAAUAAGACGAUCUCCUCAAUCGGUGACUAUUCCGCACCGACGCGUGUGCAAGCACAAGUAUCAUAGGUAUCAUAUUGGCCACAUACGACGCUUCCAGGCACUGGGAGAGUUAAUUUCUCGCGAGCGAACACAGACCGGAAGUGUUUUUGAAACAUAAUAGACACACAACCUUGCAACGGAAUCAAUUGCCUGUUUCUGUCGCACUGUUAGUUCUCCACAGUCAAUAAAAACCGAAACUUAAACAAAAGAAACGGCUGAAAACAACAUUUACACACAAAACUGCUAGCGACAAGCGUGUAGUGCAAGAAAGAAGCAGUAGAAUAAGAACGCGUAACGUAACACUUCUAGGGACUAAUGCCGUGUUGUAGGGUAGUAAGUGAGACAAGCGGAACGAAUCGCUCAUGCUGUGCUAGAGCGGCCACUAUUCGCAGCGACUAUAAUAAUAUAUACAUAUAAGCUAAAACAAGCCACAAAAAGAAACACACCACAAGUAAACAGACAAAAGGGAAACUGAUUUGCUAA